GGCCGGCUCGGAUCCUCCCUGCGGCUCUCGGGACAAGGAACCAUGGCGGUAACGGAUGAGAGCCUGUUGCGCCAGUGCCCGCUGCUUCUGCCCCAGAACCGAGCGAAAACCGUGUAUGAGGGAUUCAUCUCGGCUCAGGGAAGAGACUUCCACCUUAGAAUACAGUUGCCUGAAGAUUUACAACUGAAGAAUGCAAGAUUACUAUGUAGUUGGCAGCUGAAAACAAUACUUAAUGGAUAUCAUCAAAUAGUUCAACAGGUAAGUCCUUGAAAAGGUUUAUGUUUUAAGCGAGGAUAAGAAAUUACCAAAUUUACUCUUCUUUAAAGACCUGCUUUGCAGAA